GGAUAUUCGACGUGUGCUCCGUGUACAAUCUGUAGCUAGAAACUGAAAUUUCUCUUCCGCGUAAAUAUUUCACGCAAAGUCUGAAAACAAAACUUUUCAGUCGCGCGUUUUCGUAAUUGACAUUUUUGCAGUUGGUUGGUGUUAUUUUUGCUGCUAUAAAGAAAUUACUGUUUUUUCUGGUGCGAAUUUUUCAAAAGGUUAUAAUGUUCAACGGACCAUGGCCGAUUGUCUUCAAAGGCAAAUCGUCGGACAUUUUCUUGUACGCGAUGACGUUGGCCGUUUGCUUGGAGCUACUGGUCCUGGUGGACGCGGCGGUCGACGGCGACGUGUCGUCUUCAGCUUCGUCGUCUCGCAAAUCCUUUGACGAAAAUCCUCAGAUAGUCGAUUACGAAUAUUCGAAAAGAGGAUGGAGGACUGAUUUGCCAAUGUGGGGCAAAAGAGGAUGGAACAAUCUGCAUUCGGGUUGGGGAAAACGCGAUUCCAGCGAUUCCGGAGAAGACGAAGAAUUACUGAAUAAUUAUAUCACUCACGGUUUGGAUAAACGGGCAUGGCAACGACUACAGGGUGGUUGGGGAAAACGCUUCAUUCCAUCCGAAGACGACAUGGCCAUCCGACAAUUGGCAGCUGCCCUAGAAGAAAACGACAACGAAAUCAAUAACAUCGAUUAUCAUCCUCAAGAUCAGGACCUGGAAACUUUGCCCGAAGUCAACAAGAGAAAUUGGAGGAGUUUUUCAGACGGAUGGGGCAAGAGGAGCGACAAAUGGGACAAAUUCAGAGGUUCGUGGGGUAAACGUCAGCCCGCCUGGAACAACCUGAAAGGCCUCUGGGGUAAACGCAGCGUCACCGAAUAAAAACCCCGAUUUUAUAGACAAAAAGUUACCUUGCCCUCAUCUUUCUACUUUUCAUUAGAUUUUCUUUUGUAGCUAAAUGAAAAAUGUCAUCAAAAUUGUAUUUUAUUUAUUGUUAAGCUGAAAUGAUCAAAAAAAAGGUGUUUACAUUUUGAGAAUAAAGGACAAUCAACUAUAAGACAGGAAUUCCAGCUGAAAAGUAUAGAAAAUGAACACCUUUUCUUUUAAAACCAUCUAUUUAUUAUUAAAGAUGUGAUUAGUUUAAUAAUUAUUUUCCUAAUUACAAAAUGAAAUACCUACUUGUUCCAAAACUAAACAAUAAGUUUUCUUUUUUCUGACCAAAUUACUAUUUGUGGUGAUUCCCAAAUUUUAUUCAAGUUUUCAUUUGUAUAUUAAUUUUCCACUUUACUAUAAUAUCUCUCUUUUUGUCAUUAAGGUAGAUAGGAGAAAAAAAAUAUAUAUUUAAAAAAAAAUACUAAAAACCUUACUAUAAGUACAGAUUUAGUAAGAGGUGAUGUGUAAUAUUUGUAAUUAUUCCUAUAUAUUUAACAAUAAUAAGUUAAUUUACCAUCUACUAUUAUACGUACUAUUAUAUUAUUACUUAAGAUAACCCACCACUGACAUGGAAACAAAUACUUAGAUAAAUGUUGUGAAUAAAUCAAUAGGAGCAUUCUUUGCCCAUUUAA